AUGAUCUUUGUUUGGCGACCUCAGGAAGAUGCGGCGACGCCUGCGAUUCCUAUAUCUUCGUUCUGCGCGGGCUAUCUUCACCUGGCCGAAGCAGGCCGCGACGAGUCUGUAGCGGAUCUAUCUAGAACUCAAUAUCUGGGCCCUAAUAAAGGCAACAAAAGAGGCCGCCGCGGCGUAAGGACGUUGAAGGGGAGCGAGGCUCCGCUAUGA